GUGUGUAUGUGUGUGUGUGUGUGUGUGUGUGUGUGUCUGUGUGUGUGUGUGUGUGUGUGUGUGUGUGUGUGUGUGUGUGUGUGUGUGUGUGUGUGUGUGUGUGUGUGUGUGUGUGUGUGUGUGUCCAACACAACUGGGCACCGACAGUAUGCACUGUCAAGCACCACCAUGCACGACCCCUCCGCCCUAUCCCAGUUGUGUCACUCGGAUCAGAUGUGUUGUGCUGAGCUGUCCCGUGUUACGCUGUCGUCGCUCCAUCACCCGGCUCGCAAGAGAGCGAUCGCUUCCGUGCCACGUCUACUGCCUCUCCAAGCCAAACAGACAAAUCAAGAGACCCGGGAGUCGUAGCGCCCGACCAAUACAGGCUGGCGCGCAGUGCAUACUGUACCUCCUCCAUCGGGGCAUGCCCCACUGCCCCCUGACGCUGAAAGCCCGCGGCGCGACGCGGCAUGGCGCGUCCCGCUAAAGUCGGACUAAAUGCCUUCCAUCGGCUCGCUGUGGGCCGCAUGGCGAGGUGGCGUACGAGGGUAUCGCUGAAGAUGCAGCCCGAUUGCGGAUUGUCUCAGUUCUAGUCUUGCUGGUAUGCGGUGCGGGUGGAUGGAGGUGCUCGCGGGAAUCUCGCCUUGAUGUCUGAGCCGUCGAUAGCUGUGCUCGCCAGUUUCCCCUGAACCUGGCGUUCAUUCCUCUCCUUAUUUAUUCGUGUUCCGCGUUUCUUUCUCCAUUCCGUCCUGGUUCUAUCACUAUCGUUUCGUCUUGCGACUGGGUUCAUUCAUCCUGGUUUCGUCGUCCUCUCUUCACUGGUUUCGUCUCCGUCCUGCCUUCUCUCGCCCGUUUGCCUUCUCUCGCGUGCCACGCCCGUGCUGCUUUGCUCCUUACCCGUUCCGCUCUUUUCCAGCCAUGACUGGUAAAUCGUUAGUCCGCCUGCUAAGCGCGGAUCGGAUUGUGCUGCCUGUCGCAGAGGAAGUCGCCAUGCACAUGGACCCUGUGCGACAGGCGAUCAAUUGCGACCGCGCAUCCGACGCUCCUGCAGGCGGCGACGGCGACGGUGACGCGAACGACAAGGAAGGAAACGCCAUAAGCGGGCCCAUCGUCAGCACUGGUGGCUGCUCUUACAACACUAACAGCAGCAGCAGCAGCAGUCGCAGGGCGAUUUCAGGCGACGAUUUACCUGUGAUAGCUGUGGACGCGACGAGUCAAGGCGUGGCGAAGGCGAUUCAGUUCUGCGAGCACCAAGUUGAGGUGGAAAGGACGGUUACCGAAACGACCAGUAUCGAGGAUGGCAACGGCAACGGGCAGGGGACGUGGGGGGGCAUGGAGGAGGAAGCAGGGAGGGAGGAGUGGGAGGAGCAUUUCAUGGCUAAAGUUGAUGGGGAUGGACUUAUGGAGAUAUUCAAGGCGGCUAAGGCGCUGGGAAUCGAACCGCUGGUGAAUCUGAUGUGUAGGCGGGUGCAGGUUAUGGUGGAUGAGCUGGCACCUCUGGAACAGGAGAAGGCAUGAAGGGGGGAAGAGGAAAGGGGGAGAUACUUGUAUGUUGAGGGAGGAGUGCGGCGGGGUAGGGACAGGUUGGGGCGUGUAAGGGUCAUGGGUGGAGAGAGGGAGGUGGGGGUGAGAGGAAGAAACCUUGGGGCGUUUGAGGGUCAUUGCUUGUCCUGUCUGCAUGCCGGCGAAGACCCUCCAACGCCCCUUGGAGAAUAGUCUCAGAGCAUGUUACUCUGUAUAUAUGGGGUUACUUAGGUUACCCUACUAAAGUACGGUCCGCUGCCAGAGGACUUUGUACAUUGUUGUAUGUAUGGCAUGUGAGAAGUGCGAUAUGAUCAUAUUU